CAGACUACGCUGUUCCUGCAGCUCCGUGGGGUUCCUCUCAGGUUGGGAAGCUAGAACACGAUCAAGAUGUCAGCCAGAGGAGGGAAGAAGAAGGCCACCAAGAUGUCCCGCUCAGCCAGGGCGGGGGUCAUCUUCCCUGUGGGGAGGAUGAUGAGGUACCUGCGCAUCGGCACACACAAAUACCGCAUCGGCAUGGGGGCUCCGGUGUACAUGGCCGCGGUCAUCGAGUACCUGGCAGCUGAGAUCUUGGAGCUGGCUGGAAACGCAGCACGGGACAACAAGAAAGGCAGAAUAACUCCCCGGCACAUAAAGCUGGCUGUGGCCAACGACGAGGAGCUCAACCAGCUUCUGCGGGGGGUGACCAUAUCAAGCGGAGGGGUUCUGCCUCGCAUCCACCCAGAGCUGCUCUCCAAGAAGAGGGGGGGCCGGGUGAGGGUGGACAGCCAGGCGUCCGUCCCUGAGAAGCAGGAAGAACGCCCAAAGAGCAAGAAACCCGUCAAACCCCUCAAAAAGGUUAAAGGCAAACGAGGCCGCAAGCCAAAGAGCACAGAGAACGAGUCUGUACCAAACUCCACGGUGGAGGACGGUCCUGGAGACGGGUUCACCAUCCUGUCAGCAAAGAGCCUGUUCCUGGGACAGAAGCUGUCACUCACAGAGAGUGAAAUCAGUAAAAUCGGAACAAUCAAAGUGGAGGGGAUAAUCAACCCGACAAACGCAGAGAUGGACAUGAAAGACGGAGUGGGCACCGCCCUGGAGAAGGCUGGGGGCCGAGAGUUCCUGGACGGGGUCAAGGAGCUGCGCAAGGGACACGGGCCCCUGGAGGUGGCUUCAGUGGCAGUGGGCCAGGCCACUGGGAUGGCAGCCCGCUUCAUCAUCCACUGUAACGUCCCUCAGUGGGGCUCCGACAAGUGUGAGGACCAGCUGGAGAAGACGGUGAAGAACUGUCUGUCUGCGGCCGAGGACAAGAAGCUCAAGUCUGUGGCCUUCCCCUCACUUCCUGCUGGACGGAACGGAUUCCCAAAACAAACGGCCGCCCAGCUCAUCCUCAAGGCCAUCUCCAACCAUUUUGUGUCGUCCACCAGCUCCUCUCUGAAAAACAUUUACUUUGUUCUGUUUGACAGCGAGAGCAUCGGAAUAUAUCUUCAGGAAAUGGCCAAGCUGGACGCCAAGUGAGGACGCUGGUUGUGGUUUGUUUUCUAACUGUUGUUUGUUGCAGGUUUAGAGAGGACAGACGGAGUUUGAUGUGGGGUCUGUCUUGGUUAAAGAGGAAAAAAAACAUAAGUGUGAGUGGAGUGCUGUUCCCUUUCGUUCCAGUGUCCCUUCAACAGAUCACUUUCUUUAUAGAUUAGAUCAUAAGUCCGUACAGUUUUCCAUGAUGGUUCCUUGUUUACUAAUGUUUUUACUUUCUAUGUACAAAUAUAACAGUUUUCCUGGCCUCUGUAGUUUCUGAUACAGUUAGUUUACUAAAAAAACUGUGGUUCUCAUUCUGCUUUGAAAUAAAACUCAGAUGUUUUACACCAA